GUAGUGUUUGUAGGAUCACUUUCGUUCAAUCACGGCAAAAUCAGGUUCAUAAUCUAAAAAAUUCCAGGUAUUAAUUUCUUUUAAAUUAAAAGUAAUGAGGAGAAUUAUAGCUUUGUUUUUGUUCGCUGCUGCAGUCAGUUCUACGAAGCCAGGAUGUCCUAUAAGUUUAGAUAUUAAACCAUGCGUUUGCACAAAUAGCCCAUUUACAUAUUUGCAAUGCCAGCAUUUGGAUGAUGCCGAAACCCUCAGAAGCGUUUUUGAGAACUCUACUCACUACAAAUACCAAGAAGUGCACAUUGAAUUCUCCACAAUGCCAUUCCUCCCUUCUGAGAUAUUUGAAAAGGUUCCAAUCGAUGAGUUGCAUUUGAAGAAUGUGACAUUAGCUCAACUUUUCGACAGACCGCCAAGUAAUUUAAAAGGAUUGGACAAAUUACACAUAGAAAACACUAGAAUCAACAGGUAUCAAGUUUAUUACUUCAGUUUGGAUGCCUAUUUCUUACCAUAUUCGGCAGACAAGUACUUAGAA